GGCCACACUGCUUUGUUGUUGCUCGAGAAGGAAAUACUAUUAGUAUUUUUUUCGUUCAUCCUGAAAGUUUAAGUGGACGAGCGGCCCUCUCGGUCCGACACUCAUCCCGAAAUUCUGAAGUGUAUUUGAGGAAAUCUGUAUUUCUUUGGCCUAACAUUUUCUCAGUAACUUCUUUCUUCAGAAGCGGCAAAAAAAGCAUAUACAAAAGCAAUAAAAUAGAGCGUUAGGUUAACAAGACAACAACAAUUCGAUUCGGCGGUUUGUUUUUUGACAGUGUGUGCCUCUGUGCUGUGUGUGUGUUUUUGUACGUUCCGUUGUGCGAGUGUGUGUGUGUGAACCGCGGUCCGGUACUCCUGUUGUUCUAGUUGCUGUUGUUGUUGCUGUUUCCAAGGCACAAAAAACAAGACACGAAAACACAGGCGCAGGUCGCAUGCAAAAGUCGCUCACACAAUUGCGAAUAUUUAGAAAGCAUAUAUAAACUACGAAACAUAUAUAUACAUAUAUGUGACAACAAACGCCAAGAAAAAAACUGGAAAGCCGAGCAAAAAACAAUUGAAAAAUUAAGGCAGCAGCAGCAGGAACAUGGAUCUAAUCAAUAAGUUCAGCGAUGCAUUCUGGAGUACGCAUAUUUGGCUGCCGCCGAACACAACUUGGGCGGAUAUAGCGCCAGGUUCGCGACAGGAUGUGGUGCACGCCAACUACAAGGACCUUAUCUGGCCCAUUCCAUUCGCCGCUGUCGUCAUGCUGGUCCGUUACACGCUGGAGCGUUUCUGGAUAUCGCCAAUAGGCAAAUCACUGGGCAUACGUAGUUCUAGACCUAAGAAAGCAGCAAAUGUUCCUAUUUUGGAGACGGCCUAUGCGAAAUCAACGCGAUUGGACAACAAAUGGCUGGCUCCGCUGUCCAAACAAACGGAUAUGAGCGAGCGCCAAAUUGAGCGGUGGUGGCGUUUGCGAAGGGCCCAGGACAAGCCGUCAACCUUGGUGAAGUUCUGUGAGAAUACCUGGCGCUGUAUCUACUACCUGUACAGCUUCAUCUUUGGCGUGAUUGUACUGUGGGACAAGCCCUGGUUCUGGGAUGUGAAGAGCUGCUGGUACGGCUACCCGCAUCAGUCGAUUAGCAGUGAUAUCUGGUGGUACUACAUGAUUUCGAUGUCUUUCUAUUGGUCGCUCACUGGCACCCAGUUCUUCGAUGUGAAACGCAAGGACUUUUGGCAGAUGUUCAUCCAUCAUAUGGUUACCCUGCUGCUGAUGUCGCUCAGCUGGGUGUGCAACCUGCAUCGCGUUGGUUCCCUAGUCCUUGUUGUACACGAUUGUGCCGAUAUCUUUUUGGAGGCAGCUAAGCUCACCAAAUAUGCCAACUAUCAGAAGCUCUGCGAUGCCAUCUUUGCCAUCUUCACAGUGGUUUGGAUUGUUACGCGUCUUGGCUUUUAUCCACGCAUCAUAUACAGCUCAUCUGUGGAAGCACCGCGCAUUCUGCCCAUGUUCCCAGCCUACUACAUCUUCAACUCAUUGCUUCUGAUGCUGCUCGUCCUGCACGUCAUCUGGACAUAUAUGAUUCUCAAGAUCGUUGUCGACUCUCUGCAAAAGGGUCUGAUGUCCGGUGACAUACGUUCCAGUGAUAGUGAGGAUCUCACAGACAGUUCGGAGAAUGCACGUCUGGCCAACGGAUCGGCACGCUCUAAGAACAAGUCGAACAGCGGUGCGCCGUCAGCCGGAGGAUCUGCAGGAGGAGCAGGAACAGGAGCCACACAGCGCAAGUCCAAUAAUUCCAACAAUCACACAACCGAAGCGGCAGGAGGAGCUGCGACAGCGGAGGCCAAGUAGACUGGGAUGUGGCUGACUGGGGACGAAUGUAACGCAGAGUAGCGGAGUGGCCACAAGUAACAGAGAAACCAGUACCAUACCAAGUAGUGGGCACAUUUCCCGAGAGACAGGAGCAACAACAACAGCAAACAAACAAAAUCAACACACACACACCCCACACACAACACACACACAUACAAAAAACCAAACCAGUUCAGAACGU